CAGAUAAAGGUAAAGUAGCGUUACAUGUAUUGCUGCUGUGCUCCCUGGUUUAGUAGGUAUCUAACACCACAAAUGUACCAUCCCUGAAAGUGUUAUGGCUUCCUCCCAACCAGCUUAAGCUGAAACGUCUAUGAAUUAUUCUUAAGCACGUUUACUUUGGAAGAAUUAAAACCCCCGGAGGGAAGUGGCGGGCCGACUUAAUCCAAGCGAACGCGGCGGCAUAAUCCCCGCAAGAACAAAGGACGAACUCCGCCAAAUAAGCGAACCGUAGCGCAAAGUCUAUGUAUGUAUUACCAGGAUGGAGAUUUAUCUGAGAUGUACAGAAUGUUGUAGGAGUGUGUAAAAUCUAUGGGGAUGCUUGAUUCAGGGCUGUAUUGAGACAGGCUGCGCCACAUUAGCUAGGAGUUAUUCCGUUUGGAGAAACCAGGUGCCUAAUCCGGGAUUGGCGGCCCCUCGGGGCAGGGAGAUUAGGGCUAAUCUUCCGUUGACGUCAGCGCAUAAACCCCAGGGCUGGAUUGGUCGCAUUAAAGUCCGGUGUGGAUUAGGACGUGAGUCCCCCUUUGAAAUAUGAUCUCCCCCUGACCUUCGUAACGGAUUUGGCGCGCAAGGUGGCAGCGAUAAGAAAAGCGCGCCGCUGUCUGGAAUUAGGAGAUAACCACGGCCACGAAAAGAAAAAUUGGGAAUGGCAGAGGGUUUACGCCACCCAGAUCCUCGAAUCCAAUCCAUUUGGACACAAAGCGCGGACAGGACGCUCUACGCAUAACUAAAAUGUACAUCGAGAGACUCUCCAGUGUGGCCGGGCCUCGAAGGAUCACCAUAUAUUGAUAUUUAUUGGUGUCGGAGGAUGAUAUGAAUGCGAUGUUUGGACAGAAGAGCCUCGUGACAGAUUACUCUGGGUCAAGGUUGACCAACAAUGUCCAGUGGGUCAGUCUCGCCUGAGGGUGGGCGCUCCAGCCAUCGCAGGAAACAGACGGAACCGGUCAAGGUUGUCAACUCCGAGGAGAUACUGAUGGCCCCACCCCCCAUGCAGCAGUACCUGCACUCCCCCACCCCCAGGAACCAACAUGGCGGCACACAGCGGAGCCGGGCGCACCACGACGGGGACUCGGAACAGCGAACGCCACAUUCGCAUCUGAUCCAUCAACCAACGAUUCGCUCCCAGCAACAGCCUCGAGUCAUGGUCAGCCCCAACACUAGUAUGAAACCAGGAGACAGAAGCCUGCCGAUUCGCUGUGUCAUCGAGACUACGCUGGACAGUGGCGUUAUUCAGGAGAUGGAGAGUUACGCCAUCAUCCCGUGCUCCACGUUCUUCCUGGACCUGGUGGGCGUGGUGCUAGGGAAGCUGGGAUACUCGACUGUUCAGUCCGUCGUUGCCACCGGUCAUAUCGAAGUGAAAAACUGGAAGCCGCUGCCGUUCAACGCAAUCUCGGACAACCCACAGGCGACAGUCGGGCAGGUGUUAGGGGAGGUGUUUCACCUGGCCGUGCUCAGGAUCAAACUGUCCAGACUGCGGUGGGAGACCCAGGUGCAGGAACCUCAGCAGGAGACCCCACUGCAGACCAUGGCGGUACCGACCAUGUCGCCCGUACAGGACCAGCCCACCCCCCUCCUGACGUCAGCCCCGCCCCAACAACAGUCCGUCAUCGCAGCUGUCAGCAGUGUGACCAAUCGCCAACCAGUGGUCAUGUCGAGCCCCCCGGCAAAGCCUCGCGUGUCAGAGGUCAGUCAAAGGUUAGAGGUCAGCAGUCCGGAGCUUGACGCGGCGACGUCCAGCCGGAUCCACCAGAACCACCAGGUGGCCAUCAAACUGCAGGGUCUCCUGGCUCACAAGCCGGUCAACACACUAGUCAGUGGGGACUGCCCACUCAGCAAGACUGAGAUAGACCACUUAAUGAAGGGAGAAUUCCAUGCAGAAAUUCCACCACACAAGCACAAGGCAUUCCACGAAUGGUACGCAAAGGUGACGACUCCAACCAAGACGCCAACCAAUCGUGACACUUCCUCGUCCCAUAGCGCGACACACAGCGCCAACAAGAAGUUGUCGAGAACUGCGGAGUCUGGCGGUAGCUGUGGGACCCAUGGGCCAAUCAAACAUCGCAAGCGCUUCCGUACUACCUUUAGUCUGGAGCACGAGAUUCCGAAGCUGAUGGCGUGGUUCCGGGAAGAUCCGCGUCCCGAUCCCAUGAAGAUUAACAGAUACCUGCAGGAGUUGAACAACAGCGAAGUUCGGAAGCACCAGGCUCCGCUACGUUACCAGGCUGUGCACAUCUGGUUCAAGAACGCUCGGGCAAAGUACAAGAAAGAGGGGCUGUACACACCCAGACAUAAGAACGGCUUCAGGAGAGGUAGUAUGAUUGGACCAAUUGCAUCCUUACAAAUGUCGGGUUACUCCAGUAGCGUGACACGCAUCCAGCCAGCGCCACUUUCGCACAGCGUCCUGGCGCUACAACACGGGAGAACGGUCUCCAUCCCAGUCUCUGCCCCGACCAAUGGCACGCCUUCGUCGAUUCCCUCUCAGCAAAUCCCCAUGUCCAUGAUGGGCAGCCCCACCCUGGUCUCCAUGGUGACGUCACCGGGCGUCGCCAGCCCCGCCCCGACAGUCGGCAGCCUCGUUACCGGUGUGGUCAAUUCCAUCAUGGCUUCGAUGUCCGCAAGCAACAAGGGAGUGCCCGUUGGCUCACAAGAGAGCAAACAUAAGGAUGAUCCAGAUAUGCCAAAGAGACCGCCAUUAGAUGACUUGGACAGAGAUGACGUACAGAAAACAAUGCCCUCUAGUGAUCACAAUGGCAAUAGACCAAACGACACAGGGACGUUAGUCGCUGCGGAUGUCGAAAAAAGAGUUCUGGAGGAUGUGCCACGAGUCAUCGUGAAAACGGAAAAUGUCAGCGCCAUACCGGAUGACGUCACCAUGGAAGAGGGGGAGUCAAAACAUAGAGAAGAACCUGAACGAUCCAGGAAAGGAUCUGUGUGCAGUUUCGAUGAGGUUCGCAGUCGCAGUGUAAGUCCUUCCGAGAGGAGUUCUUCGUCAAGUAUUUCUCCAACACCACUUAUUAAAAAAGCCCCCCCCAUGACUCCAAAAAGUAAGGAAUUGGUUUCACCCGAGGAUGUCCUCAGUAAAGACUCAGUGCCUGUGCAAGCCCAGGUAUCAGGCAGCCAGUAUACGCAACUCAACAACCAGACUACAACCACAGCUUCGGCCGGAGCAACGCAACUUGGGAACGGCGUAGGGAAAUCGUCGCGUGCAACACGGCGGCGUCUGAUCAUCAACCCCGUGUCCGAGCUUCCGAGACUCCAGACUUGGUUCAACGUUAACCCGAAACCCUCCCGUUCCGAGAUGAAGAAGAUGGCGGAAGAACUGAACGCUAGCGAGUGGAGACGGAACCAGCCAUUCGAACUGAAGAGCGUGGCGAUCUGGUUCAAAAAUGCUCGGGCCAAAGUCGCGAAAAAGGAGCACAGCUUGGACAUGGACACAUCCAAUGACUCCUAUUAAAAUCUGUUGUCGUCUU